CACAUCUCAUUUCAUUCAAUCAUCCAUCGAUUUCUAGCUUAGCUUCUACUGCCAAUUGCUUGGAGAUUGAUCGACCAUCAUCUCCAUCGAUCCUCGAAGUCGAUAUAUAGCUAAUUGGACCAUAUUCCAUGGCGAUCAUGGCAGCCAGAGCUCUACUCGUCGUCGCCAUGGCAGCAGCGGUGCUCGGAACGGCGCUCGGCGCCACCUACACCGUCGGAGCUCCGAGCGGCUCAUGGGACUUGAGGACUAACUAUGACCAGUGGGUUUCCAACAUCAACUUUCGUGCCGGAGAUCAGAUAGUGUUCAAGUAUUCUCCAGCGGCGCAUGAUGUGGUGGAGGUGAACAAGGCCGACUACGACUCAUGCUCCAGCUCCAGCCCUAUCGCCACCUUCAACUCCGGCGAUGACACCAUCCCUCUCACCGCUACCGGCACCCGCUACUUCAUAUGUGGCUUCAAUGGCCAUUGCACCGGAGGGAUGAAGGUCGCUGUCAAGGUUGAGGCCGCCACCGGCAGCAACCCGGCCCCAUCACCGAUGACCCCUCGUCCACGCACACCGACAGCAAUGGCACCGAACGCAAUGCCGCCAACGGCUGGUGGCCGGCCCGUGCCUCCAUCUAACUCAGCAAGCCAGCCCGCUGGUGUUGCAUCUCUAGUUGGUCUUAGUUUGGGUGCCAUAGUUGUUGGUCUCAUGGCCUUCUAAAUUAGAGUAAGAAGAUACUUUGUGUAUCUCUUCGAAGGCGAUCGAUUGAUUGUGUUCGUAUAUAUUGAUUGCUUUGAGUAUUUUCUCUGGUAGAGUCCGGCUCAUAUUGUUAUUUAUAUGUAAUAUAUUUUUUGUUAUAUGUAAUUCAUCAGCUCAUUAAUUAUGAUUUGAUUCUAUUGUUAUAUAU